AUGUCCAUCCCCAUGACUAGACUGGGCGGUCGCGCCUUCAACGCCGACGACCACGGCGACGACACUGAGCGCGAGUAUGACCGCUUGCGCGACCUCGCCCGCGGCGAGGCCGACAAGCGCAAUGCCUGCUACGACAAGUCCCGCAAGGCCUACGACUCGGGCGACGGCGCCCGCGCCAAGGAGCUCUCCAACGAGGGAAAGGCGCACGACGCCAAGAUGGACGACUUCAACCGCCAGGCCUCCGAGUUCAUCUUCCGCGCCAACAACGCACCCGGCCGCGUCGACGCCGACGCCAUUGACCUCCACGGCCAGUUUGUCGAGGAGGCGGAGCGCAUCCUCGAGGAGCGCAUCCGCGCCGACCGCGCCCGCGGCCAGACGCAUCUCCACGCCAUUGUCGGCAAGGGCAACCACUCGGUCGGCCACGUGCAAAAGAUCAAACCAAAGGUCGAGGAGAUUUGCCGCGAGCUCGGCCUGCAGUGCCGCACCGAGGAAAAUGCCGGGCGCAUCUACAUUAACCUCCAGGGCGGCGAGCCGCUGCCCCCGCAGCAGCAGCAUGGCAAGCCUCAUGGCGGACAGCAGCAGCAUGGUGGCCAGCAGUAUGGUGGUGGCCAGCAACAGCAUGGCGGCCAACAGCAGCACCAUGGUGGCCAGCAGUACGGUGGUGGCCAGCAGCAGCACCAGAACCAGAACCAGGGACAGAACCAGCAGCAAGACCAGAUUGCCGCCAUGGUCGAAAAGGUCCUCCCUCGUAUUCUGCGCAAGCUCGAAAAGGCCUGCUGUACCGUCAUGUGA